AUGGCUGCCAAAGGGGUGGAAUCCACACCCAUGCCCCCCAUAGCCCAGUCCAGGAUGGAGAACUUCAGGAAGGUCAAGACAUCGGAGCAGGAUAGCCCACUGCCCUUCCCUGACCUGCCCCCUGGCGUGGUGGAGAUGAAAGUGAAGGAGGGCAGCAAGAUCAGGAAUUUGAUGGGCUUUGCUAUGGCCAGGAUGGAGCUGAAGGGCACCCGGCAGAUAGUCUUCAGUGGCUGUGGUCGGGCAGUCACCAAGACUAUCACCUGUGUGGAGAUCAUGAAGAGGAAGCUGGGGGGCCUCCACCAGGUCACCAAGGUGCGUUACAAGACCCUGCUGGAGGUCUGGGAGAACAAGGACCCUCAGCCUGAUGGCCAAGUGGAGAACCUGACCGUCCAUAAGAAUGUGCCCUCCAUCUGUAUCCUAUUGUCCAAGGACCCCCUGGAUCCCAAUGAGAUGGGCUACCAACCCCCGGAGCCCAGGGAUGGGCUGUGGGCUGAAGAUGGGGGAAUAGAGGAAGAUAGAUUCAUUUCACCCCCACAAGGGGUGAAGAGACCUUUGGCACGUCCGCACGGGGAGCUGGCUAACAAGAAAAUGCAGGUACAGGUACCAGAGAGUCAAAAGGGCUUGGGGACUAUGGACUACAUGCUGGACUAUCAUCACUGA